CACACACACACACACACAGGGGCAGAAACUGAACUCAUUUCUGUUCUUUGAGCUCCUCUCCCUCCUUUCUGCCCACCAGGCGCUUCGCUAAUCUGCAUUUUUCCCAUAAUGCACAUGGGCGUGUGUGUUUAAUCUGUUUUGGCCAUGACGAAAGAGGAGGAGGAGGAGGGAUAAAGCGAUAGAGGGAAGAGGAGAAACACUUUGCUGGAGUGUGUUGCAGAGGACAGACAUCAGAACCUUUUGUCUGGACUCAUGGACACAUCUGCUCCUCUACUUCAGCUCUCUGAUGUCAUCAUGAGGAAGAUGAAUCAUAUUUUAGCUUCUCCUGACUGUCGUUUGUUUGACUUUAACAUCGAUGGUGCGUUCAGGGGCAGGUAGGAAUUGUCAGGUGUCUCCAGACUACAGAACAGAUGUAACUUAUUACAAUUCCAGCUUUGAUUUGAACUUUUUUAACCUGUAAAAACUCUGAUGAUCAUCUUUAUGAUGCUUUCACGUCCACGACAGCUCGUUCCAUUAAAAGCAACCAGUAACCGUGACAUCAUGAGGUCAUUACAGUAAAAUAAACCCAUCAGCUGCUCUAGGAUCAGUUUUAGGCUCUAGCAUCUCGUUAGAACAACUGAAAACACCAGCGAUAAGCAGAGAGCAAUGAAGACCUUCACCGAGUGUCUCCGUCCACCUGGAGACAGCAGCUCUGCUGGACAGAGAAGCUGUCUGGGUUUCACCUCUUUCUCCAUCAGAGAUCUGCUCCGGUCCAAGGAGCCUCACACCUCCCUCAGCCUCAGGACCAUGGAUGGAGGCAAUGAGGUCGGAGAGGUGAAGGUGUCUCGUCUGCAGGUGGAGGAGGAGGAUGAAACUCCACUUGAGCACCGGGUAAGCCUUCAGGGCUCGGCUCUUUGCGACGCGCUACACUUCUCUGUCCACGAUAAAGAACACAGCCCGAUGAUGAGAGCAGUGUUGUGUUCCCAGGUGUGUAAGGUGUACCGGUUUGAGACGGAGGACCAGCGGCGGCUGCUGGUGCGGGAACAGAUGUCGGAGACGCCGCUGUCCUUCUCUCUACCCAAACAGCUGCUGAGCGCGUUGAUCCAGGAGCACGCCAGCAGGGUGCAGCAGGUGAAAGAGCUCAGUGACCUCUCACCCCACUGGGAUAGCCUACGUCAUGAUGUCGUCAGCUACUGCAACCAUCUGAUUGGCUGUUAUCAGGAAACCCUGACAGAGCUGGAGAAUCUGUCCACAGCUUCGCCGUGUUUCAAGUCCAGCGGGAGGAAAUCCGACCGGCACCUUCAGUUCAUUCCCACCAACCUUCACUCGCAGAGGAUGGAGGUCACCGCUCCCGGGAGCUCCGGUGUUUGGUACCAGGUCAUCACCUUUGGAGCUCCAGCUGAUCACCACCAGGCCUUCAAGCACGGAGGAUUGAAGAGACUUCUGAGCAAACACCAGAGACAGAGCUCAGUGUCCUACUCUCUGGAGGAGAGCUACAGAGCGAGGGAGCUGCUGGUCAGCGUCGCCCAGCUGCCGCCUCUGAUUUUUGGGCAGGCUGAGGAGCUGCUCUCUGUCUCUGCGGAGAGGAACCCGGCCAGGCUGCAGGAGGUUCUGGACGGUCUGAUGCAGGAGACCAAACUGUUCAUUCAUGCUCUGAACGAUGAGCUGGUUAGGAGCGCCCUGACUGCCGCCCACAGUCAGUGCGCCUCCGUCAGUGGUAGGCACGGCAGCGGGCUGCUCUGUGAGAAUGCUUCGGCCAAUCAGGAGGAGGCCAGGGAGUACGAUGAGGAGGAGUGGGACAGGACGUGGGCUAACGUAGCUAAAAGUCUGGACUGCAUCAUGGCCAUGGCCGACCGGCUGCAGGAGCGAGAGCACCUCCUGCGGGAGCGGUCAUCUCCAGACCCACAGGAAUCCACAGCAGACACAAAAUCUCAGAACGCCGGCUCCUCCUCAUCAUCAUCUUGGCAGGAGCAGCUGCUCCCCCUGGUGGUCACCCUCAGGGAUUGCGUGCGCGAGGCAGUGUCGAAAGCUCGAGCCGCUAUGACCUUUGUCGUCCUGCAGGGGGCGCUAACUGCGACGGUCGCUCAGGGGCCUGAACACAUCGUCCAGAGGAGACACGCAGUCUUCAGUCAGGCGCUGUCUGCGGUUGUCUGUGGAUUUAUGCUGAAAGUCUACGGAGGUCUGGAGGACCCGGAGUUCCUGCAGCAGCUCCACUCUGUGGGAAUUCUGGCUCAGUUUGAGGCUCUGCUGAGCACCUACGGGGAGGAGGAGGGGAUGCUGGAGGACAUGGAGGUGAGCGUGGCCGACCUGAGCCGGGUGGCGUUCACCAUCACCGAGGCCAAAUCUGAACAGCUGCACGACUUUCUGCCGACACUCCGGGGAACAUGGGCCGGGUUCGUCGUGGAGGUGCCGUUACCGUCGGAGACCUUUGCUUCGCUGCCCCAGGAGCUGAAGGACGGGAGUUUGAUACGAGUCGAGUCAGUUCUGUUCAACAUCGGGAUCAACCAGCAUCAGAGUCUCGCUGAGAGGUUUGGAGACAGCUCCCUGCAGGAGAGAGUCAACCAGCAGAGCGGAGAGCGUCUUCGAGCCUACUGCCACUCGCUGAGAGACAAACUCCCUCACACGGCUGGAGUCCAGUCGCUGUCAGACCUGUUGUCGGCUCUGGAUCGCAGUCUGGAGGUCAAGAAGAGGAAGAACGUUGAGGUUCUCUGGAUUGCUGGAACGAUGUGUCAUAAGGUCAACGGCAUUCGUCUAACAAGCUGUAAGAGUGCAAAGGACCGUACGGCAAUGUCUGUGACGCUGGAGCAGUGUUUAAUCCUACGAGAGCAACACACACUCAGCCAGAAGCACUUCAGCAUGGCUUUGGACUGCAUGAGGAGAUCCCGUCUGUCCUGGGGCCAGAUGUUGGGCUGUUAUGCCCACUCAGGAUUCACUAUCUCUGGGUUAGACCCUGACGAGCCCCCCUCAGGCCUCCAGAGCACCUGGCUACCUCACUGUUUGGCCUCCAGGCAGCACUUUUACCCGGUGGCCUUCCUCUUGGUGACCUCUCACCUCCUGGUUCUUUGGCUAAUCCUCAGCUUGGUGAUCCUGCUGGCUAAAUAUCAGUAACACAGCACGGGAACACUAAGAUGGACAGCUGAGCUAGAAUGUGUUGCUUCUCCUUUUUUCUUCUCUCGUCUUCUUCCUGGUUUCGGGUCCAUCACCACCAGAUAAAGCUGUAGGAUCUGUUUCUGUCAUCUUCAUGU